UUGUUAUUCUUCAUCACUUUCUGACACUUAAGAUCAAAUGUCUGCAACGAUGGAGCGUCAGAGCAUCCAAGACAUGGUCAACGAGAUCCGUCGCGACAAGGACCGUAAUGGAACUCCUCCGCGUCUCUGGCAGCUCAUGUAUGAGCAUGACGGCGGAGAAUUCUACAUGGAAGUUGAUGAUAAAGACGUGAACGAUGCGUGGGCCGAUUUCGUUAUCCAGGAGAGAAUGCCCCGCAAGUACAGCAACGACGUCAUCAGGAACGAGCCCUUCAUGAUCAAGAACCUGGUCAAGGCCUUCCGCAUGACGACGUACCAGAUCCCGCCCGGACAGCUGCGCACCGCGACCAUCGCCUUCAUCGACACGUGGCGCAGCAACCCGCGCAUCCUGGCCUCCAUCGCCCACCGCGAGUACGGCAAGGGCCGCGAGUUCCUGCAGAUGCACAGCGUGCUGUUCAUCGAGUCCAUCCUGAUCGCCCAGGCCGUGGAGCGGGCCGCCGCCGCGAUGCGCAGCCUCGACGGCGACAUUGCCGCCCUCAAGGCGACUGCUACUACCGUCUUUGCCGCCCUCGACGACAAGGUCAUGGCCGAGCCCGCCGAGCAGCACUGCACGCCCACCCCCGCCGGCCGCCCCCUGGACCAGGUCGAGCUCCACGGCGCCUGCUACCUCGCGCUCAAGGCCGAGUAUCAGCAAAAGCUCCAGGCCAAGCUGGCCGAGAUGGACGCCUUUGUCAAGGAGUGGCAGGACCGCUGCCUCACCCUCGCCUCGCUGGCCCCGGCGCCCCUUGUCGAGGGAGAGCAGGAUCUGGUUGUCGAGGAGGACUGGAUCGUGCUGUAG